AUGCGUUUCAACAUUCUGGUGGGCCUCGGCCUUCUGGCAGCCGAGUCUGCCCUUGCAGUCCCCUGCCCACCGGCAAGCGUCUCAACCGCAACAAUAGAUGUUACUACCACCGCGACGCAGAAUAUCACUGAUGCGGCGACGGACACUGUUACAAUGACAGAGUCCGUGUUUGAGACCAAUACCGUUAACUCAACGGCUGUGGUGACCUCUACAGAGGUGGAUCUUGUUGCUACGACCAGUACCGCAACUGUCAACGCCACAGAGACUGAGUUUACUACUGUCAACUCAACGGUCGUCUUCACGUCUACAGAGACUGAUGUGGACGUUGCCACCACAACUGCAACUGUCAACUCCACUGCUGUCUUUACCAUUACAGAGACAGAGGAGGUCACCAGCACCGAGACUGCUAUAGUUAAUUCAACUGUGCUAUUCACCUCCACAGAGACUGACUUCACCACUGAAGCGACUACUGCCACAACUGUUGUCUUUGUCACAAACUCGACUACUGUCACUCAGACUUCUACUGUCAAUGCUACAGAGACAGCCUUUGAGACUGAUACGGUUCUCACCACUGCUACGGUGAACACUACCUCAACUGUCAACGUCACUGCUACAACAGUUGAGACCAACACAGCUUUCGUUACUUCAACCGUUGAUACUACGGCAACUGUAAACACCACAGCCACGGAUUUCGUCACUGCCACUGUCAACACUACAGCCACUACUUUCGAGACUGAUACAGCUUUCACGACAGCAACAUUCAACACCACUGCGACAGACUUUGUUACUUCAACUGUCAACAUUACAGCAACUUCAUUCGAGACUGACACAACUUUCACGACUGCUACAGUAAAUACUACUGCAACAGACUUUGUCACUUCAACUGUCAACACUACUGCCACCGCCUUCCAGACUGACACAGUGACUUCGACUGUUAAUACUACUGCUACUGCUUUCGAGACCGAUACAGUGACUUCGACUGUCAAUACUACAGCCACUGCUUUCGAGACCGAUACAGCCUUCACCACUGCAACGGUCAACACUACCGCAACAGUCAACACCACAGCUACAGCCUUCCAGACUGAUACGGUGACCUCAACUGUCAACAGUACUGCCACAGUCAACACGACGGCUACGGCUUUCCAGACCGACACUGUUUUCACCACUGCAACUGUCAAUGCUACUGACACAAGCACGGCCACUGUGACAACAACACAAACUGUCUUUGUAACAGCUACCGAAACUCCCACUGAUGUGACAUCUACAGAGACCAGCACUGAGACUCAGACUAUCGAUGCGACUUCUGUAGUGACUGACACUGUUGACUCAACAUCUACAGUAGUUGUUACUGCCACUGUGACAUCCACUGUUGAUCCCGCAUCCACAAGCGCCAGCGUGACUCCUUCGUCUUCUCCCGCCGCUUCACCAGCCCCUGCUUCUUCCGACCCAGCCAGUGCUUCUGGAGCCGCAACUACUACAACCGUAGUAGUAGCUACAACGGAUACUACGAGUGCCGCUAGCUCACCUGUUGCUUCAGCGGCUACUUCUUCUCCCGCAGCGGCUUCCUCUGACACUACAUCCGCAGCUACUGGAGCCGCUUCAGGGGCUGCCACUACCACGACCACAGUAGCAGCACCUGUGGGCACUACUAGCGAUCCUAUUGCUUCAGGCCCUACGUCAUCCCCAGCACUGGUCUCUUCUGAUUCCACUUCUGCCGCCGCUACUGGAACUGUCACAACUAGCGUCACUACAAUUGCUACAACAGCCCCUGUUGCCGAAGACUCAACUUCGUCAGCAGAUCCUUCGUCUGCUGCCAUCACUUCUGCAGAGCCUUCUGCAGAUCCUACUGAUUCUGCGACUGAAACAGCUACCACUUCAUCGGCUGUCGAUGGCGCCCCUGUCGAUGACACUCCUACGACUUCAUCAGCUAGCCCCGCGGGUACUACGACUGCAACUACUACUGUUGACCCAGCUACCUCCACCGGCGCCUAG